AUGCUGCGAUCGUCGGUUCUGCUCACAGCUUUGUCACUCGCUGGCUCGAUCUUGAGUCAGACGACCCAAGGUGGCGAUACUAUUGGAAAGUCCGCUAUCACCGCCGAGACGAUUGCCCCGGCUGCCGAGGAGGUGGCACCCAAUGCGGCCUCAUCAGGGGUCGAUUACUUUGACUUCGAAUCUUCUCAACUCACGGCAGACGUAAUCGCGAACGUGACAGCAUACAACAUUACCAGCGCUGGUGUGUUUGACUUUGGCGACGAAGAAGUUGCUGUUGAGAAACGCGCUGCCCGCUCCUGCAAGGUCUUUCCUGGUGACCGCGCAUGGCCAUCCGACUUGACGUGGUUCUUGCUUGACCUUCUCUUAGGAGGUGCCCUAAUCCAUGGCGUUCCUGCUGCCGCGCCAUGCUACAAGGAAUGGCCCCAAUAUGACGCCGCCAAGUGUGAUGAAAUUACUGCGGCAUGGGCAACUCCUCAAUAUCAAAUGUCUGAGCCGACUGGCUUGGACUACCCCAUCUUUGAGGGAGUGAGCUGCGUCCCUCCCAGUGUUGCUCGCACCGGCGCCAACUGUAGUCAAGGAGGAAAUCCUUCGUAUGUUGUCAAGGUCACCAACGUGGCCCAGAUCCAGCUCGCGGUCAACUUUGCUCGCAAUCUCAAUCUUCGCUUGAUUGUCAAAAACAAGGGGCAUGACUUCAACGCAAAGUCUUCGGGUGCUGGCGCGCUUUCCAUCUGGACACAUGCCCUGCAAAGUAUUCAGUACCUUGGUGAAGAAUAUCAUCACCGCGUGUCUGGUUACACGGGCCCAGCCUUCAAGAUCGGCUCUGGAAUACAGGCUUUGAAGCUCUACGAGGCAGCUGAUGAGCUUGAGCUGCAUGUCGUUGGUGGCAUUGCUCGCACUGUUGGCAUUGGUGGCGGAUAUAUUGCUGGGGGUGGCCACUCUCCGUUGAUGUCCAUGUAUGGUGUUGCCGCAGAUCAGGUCCUCUCAAUGGAGGUUGUCCUACCCAACGGUCGCUUUGUUUCCGUCGAUGAGAGGAACUAUCCCGAUCUCUUCUUUGCUCUCCGCGGAGGCGGUGGUAGCACAUGGGGCAUCGUGACCUCCCUGGUCAUCCGAGCAUAUCCCAAGACUCCCGUCACCACACUUACUUACAGCUUCGCCACCAGCAACAACGUUUCCACCGAGACCUUCUGGUCUGGUGUCGACGCCGUGUUCGCCCAGUUUCCUGCAUAUGCCGACGCUGGUAUGUACAGCUACUGGUCCAUCAUGUGCGCUCCAGCAUCAACUUGCAGCUUCUCCAUGGCUCCUCAAUGGGGUAAUGAUAUGGACACCGCCAGGUUGACCGCCGUCUCUGCACCACUUUUCUCUAAUCUCUCCACUCUUCACAUUCCCGUCACCAACGCCAAGUACACCGAAUUCGACGGCGUUCUGAACAGCCUCAUAAACACUUGGCCUGCCGAAUCCGAAGUCGUCGGGGCGUGGAACUUUCACACUGCUUCCCGUCUUUUCCCGCGCUCCAACUGGGAACACCCAAUCAAGCUAGCCGCGCAGACGAAAGCGUUGCGUCAAAGUGUUGAGUCUGCUGGCAUGAUGCUUGGGUACAACUUCAAGGCCGCCGCGAACCCUUCCAUCAACCAAACCAACGCCGUUAACCCAGCGUUCCGCAAGACUCUCAUGCACGCCAUGCUUGGUGCCACAUGGGGUCCGGAGGCCACCCCCGAGGAGAUUGCCGCCGCGAACAAGAACUUGGUGGAUAUGUUGCAGCCGUGGCGGGAAGCUAGCCCCGAUGCUGGGGCAUAUCUUAAUGAGGCCGACAUCAACGAGCCGAACUGGCAGCAGGCUUUCUACGGUAGCCAUUACGAGUAUUUGUAUCAGCUCAAGCAGAAGUAUGAUCCUUGGGGGCUUUUUUAUGCGGCAACUGCUGUAGGUUCCGAGGAUUGGUACGUAGCGGAUCAGCUUGAGUACUAUAUCACGCAAAACGGACGUCUUUGUCCGAAGUAG